GACCGGGAUCGGGAUCGGGACCGGGAUCGGCACUGGAGGGGCCGCCCCGGCUCCGCCGCAGCGCCGGGAACGCGCGUCCGGAGCUGCCGAGGAGGACGAGCCGCUGUCCCGCCCCGAAACCCGGCGCGGGAGGCGAAAAUGGGCCGUAAAAAAAUACAGAUCAGCCGAAUAUUGGACCAGCGGAACCGGCAGGUGACGUUCACCAAGCGGAAAUUCGGGCUGAUGAAGAAGGCCUACGAGCUGAGCGUGCUGUGCGACUGCGAGAUCGCCCUCAUCAUCUUCAACAGCACCAACCGGCUCUUCCAGUACGCCAGCACCGACAUGGACAAGGUGCUGCUCAAGUACACGGAGUACAGCGAGCCCCACGAGAGCCGCACCAACUCCGACAUCCUCGAGACGCUGAAGCGCAAGGGGCUGGGGCUGGAGAGCCACGAGCUGGAGCUGGACGAGGGCCCGGAGCCGGGGGACAAGGGGAGGAGGCUGAGCGAGGGCGUGGACCUGUCGGUGGCACGGAACAGGUUCUACAGCCCGGUGCCGCUGCCCGAGGCCGCCUAUGGCAGCUCCCCCCCGGCCACGGACACGUCCCUGGGCAGUGCCAGCAGCUCCCCCCAGAGCCAGGGUCGCUCCCCCGCCUUCAAACCGGCAGCCCCGAAGCCCCCGGGACGGUCCCCGGGGCCGCUGCCCCCAGGUCUCGGCUACCCCCUGUUCCCUGCGGGCGGCCUGAACCGAGCCCUGGCCACCAAGACCCCCCCCCCGCUGUACCUGGGGGCCGAGGGCCGGCGCGGGGAAGCCCAGGGCAGCCUGACGAGCGCCCGGGGCGGCGGCAGCACCGCGCGGCCGCUGUACCCGGCCCUGCAGACCCUGAGCCCCGUCCUCGCCCCGGGCAGCUCCAGCAUCCCGAGCCACGGCCUCGCCGGCUUCCCCUUCCUCAGCCCAGCCCAGGCGGAUUUCGGGGCUGGCGAGGUCCCGCCGCCCCCCGGGUUCCUGCAGCCUGGCCCCCCGGCGUGGCAGCACCCCCGGGACAUGGCAGCUCUGGGGGUCAGCAGCCGGAUCGUCUCUGCCGAAGACCCUCCCCCGGCCCCCGGCUCCUCCCCGCAGCACCCAGCCAUCAGCAUCAAGUCGGAGCGGGUCUCCCCGGGGCUGGGCUGCCCCUCGGGCACCCCCCAGACCUCCCUGGCCAGCCUGGUGUCCCUCAGCGAAGCCUCCCGAGGCCCCGGAGACCUCCAGCCCCGGGACGACUACGCCAAGGGGUACCCCUACCCCCUCGGUGCCCCCCGGCCGCCGGCGGAGGAGCAGAGGGUCGCGGUGCCCCCGCGGCGGGCGCAGCCCAUGGACGUUUGGCAGAGAUAGCGAGGCCGAGGGGGCGCGGGGGGUGGGCCGGGGGAAGCAGUGCUUGGGGGCAGCAACCCCCCCCUUCGCCCCCACCCUCAGGCCCUCGGGGAGAGCCCCCCGUGCCCUUUGCAGAGCGCGAGCGGUGCCACGGGGGCUUCUGGCGGGGUCCAGGCCCCCCACUCCACUGCCCCCCACAUGCCACCGACCCCCCUCCCCGCUGCGCUGCCCCCGGGACCCCCGCGAGGCCGGGACCCCCAGGGGCAAGGAGCGCUGCCCCCGGUGCCCAUCCCCGCCCGUCCCCGCCCGUCCCUGCGCCGGAGUGUCCCCAGCGAGCGGGAGUGGCUGAGAAGUGCCACGCGGUGGCAGCAGGACUGAGAGCACCGGCAGCAGCUCCGACCCCGCAACCCCCCCGGCCCAAUCCUGCGCCCAGGGGGGGCUACCGGGGUCCCGCAGCGAAGGGUGGGG